AAAUAUGGCUAUUAUGGUGAUGUCGACAAUGAGUGCCAGGUAUUCCACGUGUGCCUGCCCCUCCACCAGCUGUACCCGUCCAACUUCACCGCCCCAGUCACCUACCAGUUUUCCUUCAUCUGUCCUGAACACACCGUCUUCACACAGGACGCCAUGGUGUGCGCCUGGACGAGCGAGGCGCUGCCGUGCGAAGCCACGCCCGAACUCUACUGGAUGAACGACAACUUCUUCAGGGAGGUGCCCAAGGAAAACGGCGGUGUCCGUUACGCUCAGCUCAACGAAAAGCCCUAGUUGAUCUUACUUUUCAUAAUGCCCUGUUUCUUCUCGUAUGAUUGUUUGUUUUUAUCUUUGCUUUUUCACUGUGAUAGGAUGAUGUGUACACGAUUGCAUUUUUUAUGAGGUUUUGUGGUGUGAUGAUCCACAAAUGUUAUUAGAUCUGAAUGUUUUUUUUCUCUCUCUAGCUCAUGUAAUUAUACUUCUCAAAUAUUAUUUGCAAAGCAAAGAUUUAUCACAAACAACUUCAUUUCGCCUCAAUCUGGCUACGAGACGACCGGUCAGACGAGGUCAUGGCCAAAGUCAGGGAUACGGACAGUCUCUUUGCCCGAUCUUUUUCAAUUGUUCCUGUCGUUUCAUUCAUGUCUUCGGAUGUUCGUUGCGACAGUUUUUCUCAUUACAAGGUCAUAGUGCUGACACGUACAAAAAACGCCAAUGGGCAUUAAUAGGAAUAAUUUGACUGAGAACACAACGCCAAAUAUGUCAGCCGUCGUUGAUCAUGUACCUGGAGUUUUCCCGUUGUUGUUAUGGCGCGAGCUAAUGCAUGUUUCCAUUGCCUCUUCUGUGUUUCUUUAUCCUCGUCUUGUUUCGCUCUUGAUGAAUAAAAAUCUCCAAACUGCUGCAUGUUGCUGUUGCUUUGUAACACUGGAAGGCCCUAUGCCAUGAGCUUUUUAAAGGUCCCUCUGAAGCCGAGGUGUUACGAAGCCGAUCUUGACCUUGAUUGGCCCGAAGGUAUCCAGACUUCACCUGAUUGGUCAGAGACGAAGUUCCCCUUUGUCAUCCCCUUCCAUCCAGUUCAAGAUUAUUAUUCUCCCUUUUUCUUCCCCUUGAAUGCGUUAUUUGCAUGUCAUUCUCCUGUUACUGAUGGUUACCCUUUAGGCAUCACCAUCUUAGCUUUCCCUGUUCUGUCUUGUGUUAUAAUAUUUGCUAUUAUCAUUGUUAUUUAUAUUACCCCUAUGAUCACUGUUAUUAUUAUUAUCCUUAUGAUCAUUGUAAUUAUCAUUAUUAUUAUUAUCAUUACUAUUAUUAUUAUUAUGAUUAUGAUCAUGUAUAUCUUUUUUGCUUUUACUCAUGUAUACACACGAAUGUAUUUGCGCGCGGCUUUCCCAAAGCUGGCAACACUACAAGAAGGGUUUCUUGCCGACUUGGUACCUCUGAACCCGGCACGUGUUCUAACGAGCUGUGGCUGCUAAUAAACUAAUAAUUGUUA